GUAGGCGGCUCCAGGGGGGCUUCCCGGAGUAGUUUGGGUGAAGCCGAGGAGUGAGAGGAAGCGUGGACUUUAGGCUACAAUAUCAAGAUAGUGGGAGCAGAUGGGAGAUUGGUGCCCUACACCGGGCCCUACGGGGCCCCGGCAGGAGCGGACACCAUGGAGGACACCUAGAGGAGUCCGAGCCAGAGGGCUGGUGCGUUGAAAGUAGUACAAUGGAAUAUUCGCGGGCUUAAGGACUGGAAACUUGAUAACAAUGAGUUACGGGGUAUAGCGGGUAGUUAUGACAUUGUGGUGAUUACGGAAACGCAUUUAGUGGGAGAUACGGUAGUGAAGGAGAUGCUACCGUCGGGUACGCUCCUGUUCACAGUAGAUGGCACGCCCAACAGAGGUGGGGUAGCUGUCUGGGUAAAUCGUAUGUUAGCUAGGGAUGUGCAGCUCCUUGGUGUGUCUAAGGUUCCUAAGGGCAUGGAGAGUAUCUGGUUAAGGGUGAAAGGGCAUGCUCUUAAUAUGGGGGGGCGUAGUUUGCUGAUAGCAGCCUGUUAUGCAGCACCCCAAGGUUCUGUUCAGUACAAUGACCAUGCGGGUAGAAGGCGUACUGACACCGUGGAUCGUGUUUUUGGUCGACUCCGUGCCUUGUUGCGAAGAUAUGUGCGUCCAUGCGAUGAAAUCCUCAUUUUGGGGGACCUCAAUGCGCGAGUAGCCAGCUUGAGUGAUAUACCAGAUCUCCAGGCCGAUGCUGAACUGGAGGCGGCGGCAGGUGUGUCGAUCGGAGGUAAUGGGCUCAUUCAAGGCAUGCCGAGCAGGCGCAGUAAGGACCCAUCCAGCAACCCAUUUGGGCAAGGUUUGGUCGAGCUGUGCCGCGAAACUGAACUGAUUAUCAUGAAUGGUCGUGUGCCCGGUGACAUGGAGGGUGAGUUCACGUUCUACCACGCCCACGGCCUUGCCUGCAGUAUGAUUGAUCUUUUUGUCUGCACGCCUGCUUUGUUCUCGCGGGCGUCGCAUUUGCAAGUGCUUGGCAUCCCCAUUGCUAUAGAGGGGCCUAAAGUGGGAUCGAGGCUCAGCGAUCACUGCCCGGUGUCACUCACUCUGGACGUUGGAUUAGGAGGAACGCGAAGGGGUGGCAACACGGGUUCCUCUCGCCUGGGGAAACGUGAGUGGGAGCGGUACACGCGCCUAUUUGAGGUAGAAGAUGCUGCUGUCGUACAGAAGAUUGACGAGGCUGUUAGCCAACUGGGCCAUGGUCUUAACAGUACGGAGGUUGUUACAGUGAUCUGUCGGGCUCUUAAGAAGGCUAUUGACGCCACGUUUCGUCUUGAGAGGAGGCAAGGGUCCAUUCCUAGUGCAGGCAGGACGGACAAGGAUGCGCCUUGGUGGACACCUGAGUGUGCGGAAGCCCGUGAGGCCAUGUUUGCUCAAAAGGCGCUCAUGCGUGCUAACGGUCUGCUGGGGGAUCAGGAUGCCAGAGCUGAGUUCAGUCGGUUGCGCACGAAGUAUCAACGUCUACGCAGGGAGGCUAAGGACAAGUUCCGGGUCAUGCAUUUUGAAGGAGUUAUCGAAGAAUGUCGGGGGGAUCCACGGGCGCUGUGGGGUCGGCUGAAUGGCAGAUUUAGUCAGGGGUGCCCUAUCACGGAUGUCAACAGUUGGGGAGCCUACUUUAAUGCGCUGUUUAAUGGGGAAGUCAAUGCGUUUAACGAAGUUUCCGCGGACACCAUCCUUAGUACCAUCAACGGUGUGCCACAUGGGAGGGGAAGAGGAUGGGUAAGGGCGACAGGCGAUCGGGUAGCACGAGUCACCGCUGCUGCUGCGCUUAAUGUUCCGUUCACCUUGGCGGAAGUCAUUGCUGCGCUGAAGUCUUUGCGUAAUAACAAGUCUGGGGGUUUGGACAGAGUACCGGCUGAAUGUUUCAAGUGUGCGACGAGAGAGGUUGAGGGUAGAAGGAUGUUUGUUUUAGCCCCUUACCUGCUCAAGCUACUAGAGCAUAUCCGCAGCACGGGGGAUUAUCCUGUGCAGUUUGAGGUCUCUGCGCUCACGCCCAUCCACAAAAAAGGCGAUGUGAUGGAGAAGGGUAACUAUAGGGGUUUAGCAGUGGGUGGUGUUUUGUCUAAGCUUUAUGCGUUUAUGUUGGAGCACAGGCUGUCUCGUUGGGGCGAGCUGGUGGGAGCUAGGUCGCCGUAUCAGGGAGGUUUCCGACGCAAGCGGGGUACCUGCCACAACCUGUUUUUGUUGCGACAUCUGACGGACAAACAUAAGGGGGGGCGAGAUGCAGUUGACCCCCUGUUCGUUUGUCAGAUUGACUUUGAGAAAGCGUUUGACAAGGUGCCACGUGAUCUCUUGUGGUUAAGGUUGGAGGAACGGGGUGUGCAUGGCGCUAUGCUGGAGGCUCUCAAGACUUGUUACAACAAGGUCAUGAUGCGUGUCAGGGUAGACGGAGUGACGGGGGAUCCUUUUGAAUCUUCGCAGGGAGUCAAGCAAGGAUGCCCUCUCAGCCCUACGCUUUACGGGAUUUUUGGCGAGGGGUUUGCUGACCAUGUUGACGCUAAGGAUAAGUGGCUCCCUGAUGCUAUGCGCGCUAAGCAGCAGACUCCCCAUGCGGAUGGCCGGCGUAUCCCGUUGGAACUGUAUGCCGACGACCUCAGCCUUUUCGCUACGACGCACAGACGGCUGAUUGUGUUGCUUGCUGAUUUGAGAGAGUGGUGUGAGGCCUUUGGGAUGCGGGUGAAUGUUCGUAAAUGUGAAUUGAUGGUUUUCCACCCUCGUGCCAAUAUCCGCGAGGCUUUUGCUGCCCUUUGCCCCGUGGUGUGGACUUCUAUUGAGGGAAAUGCGCGAGUACCUAUGGUUAUUCCUUGGGUACAACGAGCCCGUUACCUUGGUUUGCACUUUGGUCCUGGCACACCGUUUGUUUCCUGCACAGAGGAACUGUUGACCUCUGGCCGACGUGCUAUGUUUUCUCUUCAGCGUAAAUUAAAACGCCUAGGUCUUUUGGUCCCUGCUGUUGCAGUUAAGUGCUUCGACGUGCAAGUCCGCUCCAUCUUGUCGUACGGUGUCCAGGUGUGGGGGCCUGAUGUGGUGCUGAAGCUAAUGACGGACUGCGAGAAUUCCGCGAGGUACUUUGACAGAUCCUUGCGGGACCCAAUGGUGCAGUUACAAAGGGAAUUUCUUCGGGAGAUUGCGGGUGUGAAAGUCUCGCCUGAUAAGUUGCUGUUUAAGGAGUUUAACCAGC